CUGCAGUAGUCAGUCGGCGAACAAGCUCCGGCGUAUAUCGAUCGAUCUUCUUUCCAAGAGCGAUACCUGUCCGAGAUGAGAUUGCAGUGCCUGUUGCUUCUGGUGCCACUCCUGGCGCUGGUGCUCUGUGGCCAGGUCCUUGGCCAGGAGACGCCAUCGCAAGCCACGGUCACAACGAAAGAUGCUGCCGAGCAGGAGAUCACUGGCAAUGGCACAGCCGCCGACACGAGGCCACGCUUUCCCACUGAGGAAACGAUUCUCGGCCAGAUGCCGCCCAUCACACCAAUCCGCAGCGGAGUGCCCUCCAUAGAUGCUUUCUACUUGCUCUUCCCCGCCUUGGGCAGCCUCCUGCGCUGGGGAGCGCUCUUUCCGGCUCAAUCGGUCCUAGGCGCCGUGCCCGAUUCCCUCCAGCCGACGGCGGCGGCAUCCAAGGUAGUCCUAGUCCUGGCCGACGAUCCCACAGCCAAGACUCGUGUCACCCGCCAGGAUACACCACCAGCGCCGAACGCAUUCGGCCAGUUGCUGGCCCAAAUGCCGAACCCAAACUUUGCCCAAGGCUGGAUGAAUCCAGCGAACUUCAAUCCGGAUAGCUUUAACCUCGGACAGAUUGCCCCCAAUGUGGGCCAGGCUCUUACCACUAUGCAGCUGCCACCAAUGCCGCAAUUCGGAUUCGAGAACAUCUUGGGUGCAGCUCCUCCACCGCCGCCAGCCGUUGUGCCGCCACCCCCCGCAGAACCUGCCCCGCCAGCAGCCCCAGCCGCCGAUGAACCAGCUGCCCCAGUGGCAGCUCCGAAUCCCUUCUCGUUUCUGACUCCCAACAACUUUGAUGUCAAUCAAUUGCUGGGUCAGGCCCAGCAGGCCCUGCCACCAAUGCCACCGAUGCCAGCGAUGCCCAGCAACGUGGAUUUCUUCAGCAAUCUGCGACAGAUGUGGCCGGGAGCACCGCCCGCCAGUCCUGGCCCUGCGCCCGGCUCUGAUGGCCAGGCCUCGGACAUAUCCGAGGUGCGAGUUAGGCCCGAGGCGGCCGACUCGCAGGAGAACGCCCUGGAUGACAAGGAGCGGGUGCCAUUGCUCUGGUUUCGCAUGCCCAUGAACCGUCAGGGCGAUGAAGGCGAGGCCAAGCCGCUGGAGGAUCUGCGGGUCGAGGCGAAGCUGAGAGCGUUCGAGCGCCAGGUCAUUGCGGAGCUGAAGAUGCUCCAACAGAUUGAACGCGUGGCCAAGGAGAUGCGCUCGAGCGCCACUUCCAGCAGUGGUAGCCCUUAUAAAGUCUCCUAUCCUCUGAGUCGCACCCCCGUCCACAAAAUCACACGGGCGGACAUUGAGCGGGCCCUGCGCGAUGACUACGUCCGACGUCUGCUCCAUAAGGAGGCGCAGCGCAAGUCGCGCGCCAACCACGCCGCCUUCAAGCGCCAGACCAUGCCCUCGGAGGCGUCCAUGUCCAAGGAGGAUAUUGUGAAGAUCAUGGCCUACGCCUACCGCAUGGCAACAGAGCAGCAGUCGGCAGCCCAGGAGAAGAGCAAAGAGGACAAGAUCUAUGCCGCCUACCGAGCCACUGGAGAGGCGCAAGGGAAACCAGAGAAUCCGCAAAUGAUGCAGCAUCAGCAGCGACAGAUGCAGCAGCAGCAGCCCAUGCCUCAGAUGCAGCAGAGGCAGUGGGAAGCUGAGCAAAACGAGGCCAAAAUUCAACAGAAUCCCAUGAUGAUGCAGCAGAGACAGUGGGAAGCCGAGCAAAACGAAGCAAAAAUGCAACAGCAGAGGCAGAUGAUGGCGGAGCAACAACAGCAACAGAACCCCAUGAUGAUGCAGCAGAGGCAGUGGGAAGCCGAGCAAAACGAAGCAAAAAUGCAACAGCAGAGGCAGAUGAUGGCCGAGCAACAGCAGCCCAUGACGAUGCAACAGAGGCAGUGGGAAGCCGAACAAAACGAGGCCAAACUGCAACAGAACCCCAUGAUGAUGCAGCAGAGGCAGAUGAUGGCGGAGCAUGCCCAAAUGCAGCAGCAGCAGAUACAGAGGCAGAUGAUGGCAGAGCAUGCGCAAAUGCAACAGCAGCCCAUGAUGAUGCAGCAGCGAAUGGAGCAGCAGCCGAUGAUGAUGAUGCAACAGCCCGUGCGUAUGGAGCAGCAGCCCAUGAUGAUGCAGCAGCGACAAAUGUCGAUGGCGCCUCCGCAAAUGCAACAGAAUCCCAUCAUGCAGCAGCAGAGGCAGUGGGAAGCUGAGAAAAACGAGGCCAAAAUGCAACAGAAUCCCAUGAUGAUGCAGCAGAGGCAGUGGGAAGCUGAGAAAAACGAGGCCAAAAUGCAGCAGAAUCCCAUGAUGAUGAUGCAACAGCAAAGACAGAUGACAAUGGAUCCCAUGCAAAUGCAGCAGCUGGACAUGAGGAUGCAGCUCAAGAAUGAGGAUCCAAUGCAUGCAGCCCGUCAGUGGGGCGAGCCCCAAGGUGAGGGCCAACAGGAGGGUGCCAACGCAGGAGAAGAAGGUGAAUCGCUGCUGGGCGAGGCAGAGCCGCAGAUGCCGGAGGUACCUGGCCAGGCACGCCACAAAGGAGUCGAUGUUCUGGGCCUGGGCGGCAACAAGCGCAAGAAGUCCAAGCAUGGCCAAGGAUCGCCCACUGUGAUCAACUACUAUGCCGUACAGCAGCAGCAGCCGCGUCCACAGCCGGUGCCCAGCUAUGGUACCAGCUACGGUGGCGGCGGCUACGGAUCGAAUGCUUAUGGAGGCGGCGGCUACUCGAGCUCCGGCUACUCGAGCUCCGGCUAUCGGGCUGCCCUGGGCAAUGAGGAGGUCGACGAGAUGCUGCGACAGCACCAGACGAUGGCGAGGACAAUAAAUCCCGGCAAUCCCAACGGAGUGCAGCAGCAGCAGGAGCGAAGCGUUAACCAGACGACCCCACAGACGACGCCACCAGCAACACCGCAACAGCGACUACACAAAAGUCAAUCAUCAGCAUCAACCGCAUCUGAAUCCGCAUCCGCAUCCGCAUCUGAGACCGAGUCCGAUCCAACUCUGGGCUCCAAAUACACCUACAGCGAGGGGCUAUUGCAUCCGUAUAUGGGUCUUCUGCCAGUGUCCCGACCCGACGAUCCCUGGACCCACAAGGCUUACGAUCCCCACCAUGCCCUGUACACUGGCGGCGGCAGCUAUGCGGCCUACCUCAAGGACAGCGAUGGGCGGCGUCGCCGGGAUACGCACAUCAUGCCCCAGAUUCCGCAGCAGCGAAGCCUACUCACACCCGACAUGCUGGAGCGCCUGUUGCGCAUCAAAAUCGAGUUCCAGCGACGCUUUCCCCAUCUUUACAAGACCAUGCUCAGCCACCACACCAACCAGACCCGCGUAGAGGUCCAGCCACCGUUACUGGGGAGGAAGACAGCCGCAAAGAAACGCAAACCCAAGUAUGAGUCGGAGGAGGGGCCCGUUUACGAGCUGGGGGCCGCCGAGCGGGGACUUUUUGAGGAGGAAGAGGAGGAUCAAGCGGAGGCAGAAACUGAGGUGGAGGAUAUAGAACCGGACCUGGAUCUGAAGGAGAGCCAAGAGUCGAGCGAUCCCAAAAACAGCAACAACAACACCAACAACAACAACGACGACGACGAUGAUAUGGACAACUCUGGCAGAAAUGAUCAGGAUGACAACGAACUCGAUUACUUUAGAUUCGAUGAUGAUACGGAUAAUGUUGAUGAUUCGUCUUUUGUUAUUCCAAAAUAAAACAAACCAACAUCUUUUAGUGAAAA